AUGAAGGACUAUAGGACAGGACUGCUGCUUUUAACUAUCUGCUGGGCAGGUGUUGAAGGUCAGACUCUGACAGAAUCUGGACCAGCAGUUAAAAAGCCUGGAGAAUCCCACAAACUGACCUGCACAACAUCUGGAUUCACAUUCAGCAGCUACUGGAUGCAUUGGGUCAGACAGGCUCCUGGAAAAGGACUGGAGUGGAUUGCUGCUGAUGGUGGUGGUAGUAGCAAAUACUACUCUCAGUCAGUUCAAGGCCGGUUCACCAUCUCCAGAGACAACAGCAGACAGCAGCUGUAUCUGCAGAUGAACAGUCUGAAGACUGAAGAUUCUGCUGUUUAUUAUUGUGCUCGACCAGACUCAAUGGUUGUGCAGCCUGGACAGUCUUUGACCAUCACCUGUCAGGUCUCUGGUUAUUCUCUGACUGAUAGCAGCUAUGCAACAGGUCAGACCACAACAGAGUCUGAACCAGCAGUUAAACAACCUGAAGAAUCCCACAGACUCACCUGCACAACAUCUGGGUUUGACUUUGGAAACUCAGUGUGGGUCAGACAGGCUCCUGGUAAAGGACUGGAGAUGAUCACUUUUAUACACACAGCUAGUUCCUCUAUAUAUUACUCCCAGUCAGUCCAGGGUAGAUUCACCAUCUCCAGAGAUGACUCCAGCAGUAAGCUCUAUCUGCAGAUGAACAGUCUGAAGACUGAAGACACAGCAGUUUAUUACUGUAUUACCGACAUUAUAAAGAUUUCUCAUGAGACUGUCAGUGGAGGUGAAAGAGGAUCAGAAACUCACAUCUCUUCAGCUUCACCGUAA